CAGCUACCUUUACACCGUACAGGUAUAUAACAGCUGAUAAAAUCUCAGGUACGAAUACGUACCCUAUACCUAUUGUAUACAUAAGGAAAGGUAGGUGGGUUUAUCCGGCUCCAUCCUUUCCACUGCCAACUUCCGGAUUCACUAACUCAUUUUUUUCAGUUAAUAAUGUCUUUCUUCGAUUAUAUAGAACAUGGUGUAUUUACUGCGGUCCUUACUGUGUUGAUAAGUAUCUAUUUCCGGAAGGGACGACAGGAGGUGUUCCGGAUUCUGGUUUUAAUACUGAAACAGUUGCCAGGUGUUGAUUUUGUUAUUGGUAAAAUUCUUCACAAUGAAGUCAAGAGUUUUCUCAGCACGACAAAACUAAACGAGGCCAAAAAGAAGGGAAAGAAAGGAUCAGAAGUGCAGCUACCACAGAAAGGGGUGCCACACACAGAACUACUGGCGACGAUGAAGAAAAUGAAAGACUUGGAGACGAAUUCCGACGAUGGAAAGAUCUUCGCCUAUAUCUACACAUUGUCAGACGAUCACUUCCAACUACAACGAGAGGCUUUCGACAUCUUCAGUGAAAAGAUUGGACAUUCCAUCGACCACGAUGCUCUAGUGAAAGAAUUUCAUCAUGGAUUUUUACACGAAAAUGCCCUCAACCCAAUGUUGUUUCCUAGUCUCAGAAAAAUGGAAACGGAAGUUGUUAGAAUGACGGCAUCAAUUUUAAAUGGCGAUGAAGACGUGCUGGGAUUCAUGACUUCCGGUGGGACUGAGAGCAAUGUCAUGGCCGUCAAGACCUUUCGUGACAGAGCGAGAAAAUUUCUUCCCCAUAUCACUGAGCCGGAAAUAGUGGCGCCCAGAACAAUACAUCCGACCAUUGAUAAAGCUGCUCAAUAUUUUGGUAUGAAGGUCAUCCAUACUCCUCUUGGUUCGGAUUUCCGGGCCGACGUCAAGGCGAUGGAAAAGGCAAUUGGUCCAAAUACAGUCAUGCUGGCGGCCUCCGCGCCACAGUUUUGUCAUGGGAUCCUAGACCCGAUUGAGGAAAUUGCAGCGCUUGCGCAUCGCCGGGGUCUUCCACUUCACGUCGACGCUUGUUUCGGUGGUUACAUGUUGCCAUGGGUCGAGAAACUGGGUUAUCCUGUUCCGAAGUUUGAUUUCCGAAAUCUGGGAGUGACAUCCAUGUCGGCAGAUAUUCACAAGUACGGAUACAGUGUUAAGGGUUCCAGUGUGAUACUCUACCGGAACGCUGAUAUCCGGAAGUACCAGAUAUUCUCCUACGCGGAAUGGCCAGGCGGAUUAUAUGGAAGUCCGAGUAUGGCGGGGACAAGACCAGGUGGGAACAUUGCCGCGGCCUGGGCAUCAAUGAUGGCCCUAGGUGUGGAUGGUUACAUGGAACGGGCAAGGGAGCUCAUGGAAACAACCAACAAGCUCAAAGAGGGUGUCUCAAAGAUACAGGGUUUAUAUGUUUUGGGAGAACCGGUUAUGACGUGUUUCUCUAUCGGAUCGAGUGAUCCGGAUGUAGACAUCCAGGCAGUAGCGGAUGCCAUGGGUAAAAAGGGUUGGCAUAUGGAGAGACAGCAGAACCCAAGUUGCCUACACUGUUCUAUACUUCCGCAUCACGUGAGGGUGUCAGAUUCUCUGUUGAACGACCUUGACGAAUCCACACAAGAGGUCAAGAAAAACAAGUCUUUGGCGAAUGAGGGGACGGCGGCUAUGUACGGCAUGAUUGCAACCAUACCAGACAAGGCUAUAGUCCAGGACUUCCUAGUAGAAUUCUUCAGCGAGGUCUAUAAAUAACUCUGACGUAAUCCAAACUGGAUUGAUUAGCGAGGUCUAUAAAUAACUCUGACGUAAUCCGCAACGAGAUUGAUUACUGCCGUCUUUAAAUGGCUUUAGACGUAUUACACAGUCAUAUUGUUCGAUGACGUCUGAAAAUAACUCUGAUGACGUUCACUGACGUUUUUUCAUAUAUGUGGCGUCAUCCAUAACCAGAUUACCCAGCGAGGUUUAUGAACAAUUAACUCUUAGGAUCGUUCACUGACGUCUACAAUAAACGAAAUCAACAACCACAUUGUUAUUCGAUAUCUACAAAUAACUGACGUAAUCCAAACUAGAUUGAUUAGCGAGAUCUACAAAUAACUGACGUAAUCCAAACAAGAUUGAUUAGCGAGGUCUAUAAAUAACUCUGAUGUAAUCCAAACUGGAUUGUUCAGUGAGGUCUAUAAAUAAAUGUUUGUCAUGUUUUUCAGUGUAGAUUAAAAUAAACGAGGUAAUCAACAACAGGAUUGUUCAUCGAAAUAUACGUAUGACUGAUGUAAUUCACAACCUUGUUUGCCUGGGUUAUAGGAAUUACCCUGCUUCAUAAACACUUACAUAAGACAUUACA